UUGGAUGUUGGUCCUCAUACUACUUCUGACAAGAUGAAGUUCCCCGUGAUAUUCCUCUGCCUCACCGCCCUCACAUGGGCGCAAGAAACUCCAGAGUGUGACUGUGGCGCCUUCAUUACUGAGGCUCAUGACGAGAUAGAAGUGUUCGCCAUGGACGCCUUCGAGGUGGAAAACUGUGAAGAUGAAACUGACUGCCAUGACAAAUGCCGCACAGAGUGGAACACACAGACCAGCGAAGGAGACCUGAAUUUCGAGCUCCCCGACGGCAAGACGGUGGGCCAGACUAUGUGUGACGACCUGGCUGAGGACUUGAGGCUGUUCGUUGGUCCAGUGACCAUCGGAGGUUGCUACCCAAACCGCUUCCCGCAGCUAACUACAAUAAUUGAUGACUUGAACAGCUACGGGAUCUAA